AAGAGCCCUUCAAAAACCCCUGCUACGGUUCUCUUCCUCUGCCGCUCCUCGCCGCCUCCAGUGUUACGAGUGCGCCGAAGCCGACGAUAUCGGACAAGGUUGGUGCUGUUGCGAUGUUAGUGUUGUUUGAAACCCCUGCGGGGUUUGCCUUGUUCAAGGUUUUGGAUGAAGGAAAGCUCGACAAGGUCGAGGAUUUAUGGAAGGAGUUCACAAGUGCAGAGUCAGCUAGAAAGAUUGUGAAGCUGCAAGCUUUUAAUAAAUUUGAGAACACUUCGGAUGCAUUAUCUGCUGCAACCUUAUUGAUUGAUAGCAAGCCCAGCAAAGGCCUGAGGAAGUUUUUACGUGCUCAUUGUGAUGGUGAAACCUUGGCUGUGGCUGACUCAAAACUUGGCAAUGCAAUAAAGGAUAAAUUGAAAAUUGAUUGUCUUCACAACAAUGCUGUGAUGGAGCUGAUGAGGGGGCUCAGGAACCAGCUGACGGAACUCAUUUCUGGGUUAGCUGUACAAGAUUUAGCUCCAAUGAGCUUGGGAUUGUCACACAGCUUAUCCAGAUACAAGCUAAAAUUCAGCCCUGAUAAGGUUGAUACAAUGAUAAUCCAAGCUAUUGGUUUGUUGGAUGAUUUAGACAAAGAGCUCAAUACCUAUGCCAUGAGAGUUCGGGAAUGGUAUGGAUGGCAUUUUCCAGAGCUUGCUAAAAUUGUACAAGACAAUAUUCAAUAUGCAAAAGCAGUUAAGUUGAUGGGCAACCGUACAAAUGCUGUUUCACUUGAUUUUUCUGAGAUACUGUCCGAUGAGACUGAAACAGAGCUGAAAGAAGCAGCAGUGAUAUCGAUGGGAACUGAAGUUAGUGAUUUAGACUUGGUUAACAUUAAGGAACUCUGUGAUCAGGUGCUAGCUCUUUCAGAGUAUAGAGCUCAGCUUUAUGACUACCUGAAAAGUAGAAUGAACACAAUUGCACCUAAUUUGACUGCUCUUGUUGGGGAGCUGGUUGGAGCACGCCUUAUUGCUCAUGGUGGUAGUUUACUGAAUCUAGCGAAGCAACCUGGAAGCACAGUUCAGAUUCUUGGUGCUGAAAAGGCAUUGUUUAGAGCUUUAAAGACAAAACAUGCUACACCAAAGUAUGGCCUUAUUUUCCAUGCAUCAUUAGUUGGUCAGGCAGCUCCAAAAAUCAAAGGGAAAAUAUCUCGUUCUCUUGCUGCCAAGACCGCGUUGGCUAUUCGGUAUGAUGCUCUUGGUGAUGGUCAAGACAAUAGUAUGGGAUUGGAGAAUCGGGCCAAGCUUGAAGCACGCCUUAGGGUCCUUGAGGGCAGAGAGUUGGGUCAUUCUGCUGGCUCAACCAAAGGGAAGCCCAAGAUUGAAUUCUAUGAUAAAGAUCGAAAGAGGGGUGCAGGGGCCUUGAUCACUCCGGCAAAGACAUACAAUUCCUCAGCUGAUCUUGUCCUCAGUCAAGCAACUGACCCUACUCCAACGAAGCCUGCUAGUGAACAGGAAGCAGCACUUCCAAAGAAGAGGAAGCGCCAGGAAACAGAGCCAACUCCCACUGAGAAAUCAACAGAUGAGGCUCUUGCAAACCAGGCCAAGGAUGAGGGAGAGAAGAGAAAGAAGAAGAGGAAGAAGUUGACUGAGGUAGAGAACAGUGAUUCACCAAUUUCCAGAGACGAAGCAGAAGAGCAAGUUAAAAAGAAGAAGAAAAAGAAAGCUAAGGUAGAGAACACUGACUCGCCAAUUGGUGGUCCAACUUCCAGAGACGAAGCGGAAGGGCAAGUUAAAAAGAAGAAAAAGAAGGAUUCAAAGCAGGAAGCUGAGUUACUGCACCAUCCACCACUCGAAGAGGAGCCAAGCAAAAAGGAAAAGAAGAAAAAACAUGUUGAGGAAGAGCAGGCACCCGGUGAUACGAUUCAAAAGAAAAAGGAAAAGAAGAAAAAAGACAAAGCAGGACACUAAACCUUUUCAUUUUUGUUCCAAGCAGCGGAUAUGCCUAGUGAAACAUUUCUGUAAAUCGUUCCUUCUUUACAUUUGUCAUGCCGUCUUAUCUGUGACAUUGUCUUUCACUUUGGUCUGCGAUAUACAAACAAAGACCUCAUAGCGAGCCAUGAAUUUCAGUUCUUCGGUGAAAGAGUGCCAUUCCUUUCGACUCAUGAUUCGGUGCCCGCUAUACUGUUUGAUUCUUAGUUGAAGAAUCUGCCUAACUGCAUUCAUCUUUCUUGCAGUGGCAUCAGGGCACUGCAGUGUAAGGUGGAGUACUGAGGAAGGUAAAAAUAGAUGUUUGUUCUGGUGGUGGUCUUAAUGUUCACUAUUUUGUACUACAUAUGAAAUAAUUGAUAAGAUUAAAUUUCAUCUC